CGGGGCGGGGGGGCAGUUCAUUUGGGUAGCGGGGAGAUCGCAAAGUGUCUUGGGCACCCAGAGCGGACCGUGGGGGAGGAAGGAGAAGGCACUGCGUCCCCGCAGAGGCCUCCUCCCGACCCGUCCCAUUUCCCCGGACUUGCUCUGGUGGGUGAGUGCGGGAUGCCCGGACUCUGGUGUGUGUUGGGGCCUUUUCUUUACCGGCUCUCAGCCCCUCCCCCACCCUCCGGGGGCGCUGCGGGACGCGGGCGGGCGUGGGUUUAUGCGUGCAUGUGCGUGGAUUUGGUAGAUUAAAUAAAAAUAUAGGCUUUAGAGCUGCUUGUAGACCUUAGAAAUCAUUUAAGCCAAUUCCUUCGUUUUGCUGGAUGGUGAAGGGCGGGGGGGAGGCCUUGGAGGUCACUGAGCAGCCGGCUUCAGCCUCUCUUCUUCCCUGGCCUGGCCUCUCGCCGGAGACACGCUACAGUAGAGCCGGACCAAGAGGGCAGGGUUCGAACAGAGCUCUCCUGCCUGACCAGACCUUGAUGACCGUCCUCCGGGAUCUCGGGAGGGAGCAUUAUCCCCGGCACUGAAAGGGGGAGGAAGGAGACUGCUUCUGAACGCUGUUGGGCCUAGCUUGGGAAAACCCAGCAUGUUGAAGAGCGAAAAGGAGAGACGGCAAGAGAAAACGUGGACUGUGUGUCCUUGUAGUCUGCUUUCCACCUAAUGGGGCGAAGGGAUCCUUGUCAACCCUCUUAUUUCCUUUGGAUCCCCAGUGCUUAGCACAGUGCCUCACACAUACUGGUGCUUAGUAAAUGCAACUUGACCAAGGAAAGGCAUCAGUGUGUCCCAGAUGCCUGUGGCUGAGGGUAAGAGUGUCCAGCAGACCGUGGAGCUCCUGACCAGGAAGUUGGAACUGCUAGGAGCAGAGAAGCAGGGGACAUUCUGUGUGGACUGUGAGACCUACCACACAGCAGCUUCUACCAUGGGCAGCCAAGGCCAGGCUGGGAAGCUGAUGUAUGUGAUGCACAACUCAGAAUACCCUCUAAGCUGCUUUGCCCUCUUUGAGAACGGCCCAUGCCUCAUUGCCGACGCAAACUUUGAUGUGCUCAUGGUGAAGCUCAAGGGGUUUUUCCAAAAUGCCAAGGCCAACAAGAUUGAGACCCGUGGCACCCGCUACCAGUACUGUGACUUCCUCGUGAAAGUGGGCACUGUCACCAUGGGGCCCAGCGCUAGAGGCAUCUCUGUGGAGGUGGAGUAUGGCCCCUGUGUGGUGGCUGGUGACUGCUGGAACCUGCUCUUGGAGUUCCUGCAGAGUUUCCUGGGCAGCCACAAUCCCGGGGCACCAUCGGUGCUUGGGAAUAGACACGACGGGGUGUAUGGUCCUGCUGACACCAUGGCCCAGUAUAUGGAACUCUUCAACAAGAUUCGAAAACAGCAGCAGGUGCCUGUGGCUGGGAUCCGUUAGUGAGUGGGGAGCUGCAGAGCGAUGGGCGUUACCAGGGUGACUCCACAGGAGAUGAAGGUGCUUCAUCCCAGCCCCUGACCCUUGGAACCCAGGACAGAAAGUCCAGCCUUCUUGUCUUCCUCUGAACAUGCAACUGUGGCUUCUUGUAUGAGGCUUUGUAACACCCCCCGCCCUGCACAGCUUGCGUGCACACACCCCCACACACACACCCUUUGCCCACACCCAUGUACAGUGGUCUUAGAAUGAGCCUUGUUGCUCUUGACCUAUGGGGGGGGGGGCAGAGAACUGUGGAUGAUGGAGAAGUUGGAGCUUUUCCCUCCUCUUUCAGGAAGACAGGCCGGGGGUGGUAUCCUUGGCUUGGUUUGGCAACUGCCUUCGGCCUCCUGUUCUCUCUGGCUGCUGUGGCCUUGGCCCAGUUCCCCAUUUGGAUGGGCUGUUUUUAUAUUCUGAUCAUUCUGUAAUAAAAGUUUGUUCCUUUGGUCUAAGGAUAUGGCUGGGUUUCUG